CGCACUGACCGGACCUGUGACCGUCAUCCCUCCACCACGCCCGCAGCUGGUGGUGUUCGCGGUGGUGUGCGUGUGCGUGUGUGUGUGCGGCCGAGCUAAGCCCCGAGUGCUUUUUGUAUCAGAGGCAGCCUUUCCACACAGAGUUUUUGGGCCUUUGUGAACGCUCUGGGAUACACGUCGUUGAUAUUUUGAUACAUUUACGCGUCUCGGCCCGAGAGAAUUAUUAGCCUCGGCUUGAUUUUUUUUCAAAAUCUCGUUUUGCCCGCUUCUGCGAAGGCGCUCGUGAAGAGAUUUGGAUACUUUGCUCUCGGUUUCGUCUCUCCCAAGACUGCCGCCGGAGUGCUUGGAAAUAACUCUCGCGCGGCCUUGUGAACUCGGCCAGCGAUUAGUUUGUUCUGUUUUCGUGAUAUGAAAGGAUAAGUAGAUCCGUGAAGUGCUCGUUGCGUGCGCCGGCGAGGGAGUCCAGUGCCUUUUGAAAUUUCUUAGCAGCAGCAGCAGCAGCAGGAAGAGCGUUGUUGUUUGUUGUGCUUUUCUGACCCUCUUUCUCGCCACGUGGACAGCGCCGAGGGCUUGUGCUACUGAGGUCUCUCGAGUGCUGAACUCUGACGCGGACGGAGGACGUGCCGCAUCGUCGGAAGAGAGAGCCCCGUGGCAGCUUCAGCGUAGGCAGCAGUAGCAGAGGACGUUCUGUGAUCCAUUCUCGGCGGCAGGAAUUCUAGUUCUUCGCUGCGACAGCUGCUUGUGAGACGCACUUGAGUCCAAGGGACCCGCCGAUCCGAGCCUGCGGGACGACUUGGCCCUCUCCCGAAGGCGCCCUGUCCCCGUCAGCACUCCUGAGGCGCCCUUGGCUGCGUGCGAUGCGGCUGUGAUCCCCUCGGAGAGCACAAGGCGAGGAGCGAAAGGCGCACGGCGUCCCCAGCGGCGUCCCCAGCGGCGUCCCUGAGCGCUGACGCCGGGUCCGCUUCCCACGGGCGGCCGCGGAGGCAGAGCGCCCGACGGCCUCGCGCCCCUGAGCCCGCGAGCCCCGGCAGGAGAGCGGCUCCCCUGCGGCUCCGGGGUGAAGGCACGGCCACUAGGGCUGGGCGUCGCCGGCAUCGUGGCUCCUCAUGCUGGCGCCGCUGACCCGCGCGCCCUGAUGACGGUGGCGUGGCGCAGCGCAGGCGACAUGGCGACGGAGGUGGCCAGCAUGGGCGGCAUGGGCGGCGGGGGAGAGCACCCUGGCGAACUGGUGAAGACGGGCGCGCCGAACAUCCUGUGCACGGCGCUGCCCAACCACUGGCGCUCCAACAAGUCUCUGCCCAUGUCCUUCAAGGUGGUGGCGCUCGACGACGUCAAGGACGGCACCAUCGUCACCGUGCGCGCCGGCAACGACGAGAACUUCUGCGGCGAACUGCGCAACAACUCGGCCGUCAUGAAGAACCAGGUCGCCAAGUUCAACGACCUGCGCUUCGUCGGCAGGUCGGGCAGAGGCAAGAGCUUCAACCUGUCUAUCAUCAUCAGCACGGCGCCCAUGCAAAUGACAACUCUCACAAAAGCCAUCAAAGUGACAGUAGACGGACCAAGGGAGCCGAGGAACAAGUCACGUGAGUGGAUCGUUGGUCACCCAGGCUGGGGCUUCCCCUUAGGCUACCACCCUUGGCUAGACUCUCACCUCUCGGCCCUGGGAUACAACCUCGGCCUCACAGCGUUCAACCCUCUGGCUCACACGAAGGCCCUCGAGCUGGCAAGAGUGGGCGGCAACGGCUGGUUGGACGCCUGGCGCGGAGCCUCGGGGUUGGUGGGAGGCCUCAGCAUGGGGGUGGGCGGGUCUCCGCUCUCAGGCGCCGCCCUCUCCGGUCUCUCCGCCCACUCGCUCCCUUCCCUGCCCGCCCACAACCCCGCCCACAGUCACGCCCUCGCCACCAUAACCAACACGGAAAUUCCGAGACCAAUACUAACAGGAGAGACGCGGUGCCUGCGGUGCCGCGGGUGCGAGUCGGGCGGCCCCUGCAGCGCCCUCCUGCACCCCGCCUCGCAGCCGCCGUCGGCCUCGCCCUCGUCCUCGUCCCCCUCCACCCUGUCCCCCACCAGCACCAACAGCACCAGCACCUCGAGCGUGAGCAGCAGCAGCAACAGCGUGACCAGCAGCCGGCCGCCGCCCCUGGCCCCGCUGGGCGGCCUCAGCGCCUUCUCGAUCCCGCGGUCGCUGGGCGCGGGCGCCAAGGCCUCCAGCUUCCCGUCGCGCGAGUCGUCGUUCCAGCCCGUGAAGCCGUCGAGCGAGCGCAGCCCCGAGACCAAGGUGUGGAGGCCCUACUGAGGUCUGGCCACGCUGCUCGAGGAACUGCGGGCCAGGGCGGCGCUGCGGAGGCCCCGCCCCGCCCCCCCGGCGCCGGCCGCGGGGCCCCCCGGCUCCUCGACGGCACGGGGGGAGGGGAGGGCGCC